GCGGGACAUGGCGGAGCGGAGUGCGGAUGUAAACCGGGAAUGGAGCGAGGUCCAGCUGAGGAAGUACACCUUCGCCACCAAGGACAUCCCCAGGAUGUCCCAUAGCGAUCCCCGGGUCGAGGCGCUCAUAGACAAUGAGGAGCCGGUAGUGCUAACAGAUACCAACCUUGUGUACCCAGCACUGAAAUGGGACCUGGAAUACUUGCAGGAGAAUAUUGGAGAUGGGGACUUUUCUGUUUAUGUUGCCAAAACGCACAAGUUCUUGUACUAUGAUGAAAAGAAAAUGGUUAACUUCAAGAAUUUCAAGCCAAAGUCUACGAGGGAAGAGAUGAAAUUCAGUGAGUUUGUGGAAAAACUUCGUGAAAUCGAUCAAGGUGACAACAGGUAUUACUUACAACAAACGCUGAAUGACACGGUAGGGAAGAAGAUUGUCAUGGACUUCCUGGGUUUUAACUGGAACUGGAUUAACAAGCAACAGACAAAGCGAAACUGGGGCCAGCUCACAUCCAACUUGCUGCUUGUAGGAAUGGAAGGGAAUGUCACACCAGCACACUAUGAUGAACAGCAGAACUUUUUUGCACAAAUUAAAGGUUACAAACGUUGUAUUCUCUUCCCACCUGAUCAGUUUGAUUGUUUAUAUCCAUACCCAGUCCAUCAUCCGUGUGACAGACAGAGCCAGGUGGAUUUUGAAAAUCCAGAUUAUGAAAGGUUUCCUAACUUUAGGAACGUUGUUGGAUAUGAAACAGUGGUUGGACCUGGAGAUGUAUUGUACAUCCCUAUGUACUGGUGGCAUCAUAUUGAAUCAUUGCUUAAUGGAGGAAUCACUAUUACUGUCAACUUCUGGUACAAGGGUGCACCAACUCCAAAGAGGAUUGAGUAUCCAUUGAAAUCCCAUCAGAAGGUCGCAAUUAUGAGGAAUAUAGAAAAAAUGCUGGGAGAAGCUCUAGGGGAGCCACAGGAGGUUGGGCCAUUAUUAAACAUGAUGAUAAAAGGCCGAUAUGAUUAACCGUCAUCCUGUCGACGUUUUCUUGGAGUAAAUGGCGCCGAGCAAAUUGUACACGAGCAUUACAUGCCUGGACUGAAUGCAGAUGCAGGAAAUUCUUCCUCUUGUUCAAAGUUGGCUGCCAUUGAUUGUUGAAGUGAAUUUUUAUAUCCACCAUCUGUGUGCCUGUCAGACAGAAGAUUCUGAAAACUAAAGUCUGAUAUCAACUGAUUGGCACAUUGCCCUAGAUGCAUUAUAGCACUGAGUGUGUAUGUAGACCACAUUCCACCAAUUUGUAUGGUUUUAAGUUUCUUUUUGAAACCGAAACUAAAAUGAGCACUUUGUGCCGAUUCUGUUGGAAUGAUGGUCUUGGGCUAAAUGCUGUUGGUUUCCUUUUGUGACUCUUUAAAAAAAAGAGAAGGCUCUUCCACAGUUGAGCCUAAAAAUUGGCUACUUUUCAUUUUAAUAGCUCAUAGUUCAUGAUCAAUGCCUGUGACUUACACUGGUGUCUUAGAAUACUUGGUUUGAAAUGUUAACAGGUGGCAGUGGCAUACAGCACCCAAAUUAAAACGCUGUCAACAAUUUGGAGAUGAAUCUCUGGUUGAAAGCCAGACUUUUAUGUUUUACACAACAUUCAGCAAGUGUUUGUGAUCCAAAGUAGAUUACCAGUCUGUGUCCUAGUGAUGUAAUGCUGCAGUAUUGAUUGUUAUUCUGUUACCCAAAUGAAUCUUGUUGCUAUUAUGAGGGACAAUAUAAUGAACAACAUCACUUUAGGAACCCCUGGUUGCACUUCUAUAAUUUAGUCUUGGAGCAUUCCGACAUGUUCAGAUGUUUUCCGUCUUUCACUGUCCGCUCUCUCGCUCCACCUGUAUGUCUCUUUUUAGUCUGUCUGUCUUUCACUCUCCCUUCCUCUCUCUGUCUCUCCCUCUCCUCUUCACGCUCCACUGUCUCCCCACUCUAUUAUCUGACCCUGAGCAGCACUUUGUAACAAUGCGUUUUCAGUUUUAAUAAGAGACCUUAUACAAAAACUGACAAUAACAGGGCUUGGUGGAGGUUUAAUAUCACAUUCUGUAUCAUAAUGUCAGCUUCAAAUCAAAAAACAAACUGCCUGUAAACUGUCAAUCCUAAAUCGUAGACAGCCCAGCUUAACUUCCCAUCUGAACAAUCUUAAAAUCAAAUAAAAAGCAAAACACUGUAGAUGCUGAAAAUCUGAUCAAAACACAAAGAACACUGCAUUCAGCAGCUCAGAGAACAACUUGGAGCAAACAGACCAGAUGUUUUCAAAACCAAAAACACCGCUUAUGUUGUUCUAUUAAAUGUAAAGUAACCUUCUUCACUUCCCAUCUUUGCCUAGAGGUAACUCAUUUCAAGUUCCUUUCAACUACCUUGCUAGAGGGCAUCACAUCAUUUACUGCUCAGUAUAUCCCAGCAAGUUACUCAGUCUGUUGAAGCACUCAUGCUCUUAGUUAUGAUAGAAUUAAUGAGAGAAUUUCUAAAAUCUAAAUCUCCUUUUUUCUCAUUAACUAUAUAUAUGUCUUUUACUCAAGGAAGGAGAUGGAAUGAGAAUUUGUUUCUGCCUUUGUCAAUAAUAGAGUGCACCUUGGUAGUGUAAUAAGAAUAUUAAAUAUCACUUUUUUAUCAUCUGCUGCUAAGUUAGACAUACCUACAGUCUGAGUGCUACCUCUUGGAAAUACAGUAAGAAUCCAGGGUGUGGAAUUCUGUCUUAGGUGGGACAUCAGGAGGGAGACGAAAGGCUGCUCUUGUGUAUCUUUUAUCAGCCACUGCAUAAUCAGAAACCAAGUAAACAAGUGGGUGCAGCUGAGACCGUUUUUAAAUCUAAAACUAAAAAGUGUUACUUAAAUUUGCUUCUUAUGGUUUGGUUUGUUUUGGUCUGUCCCCAGUGGAAGAAAAUCAGACCCUGUCCCACUCCCCCAUUCCAUCUCUCUCCUUCCUUACAAUGUCAUUGCUGAGGAUCAGCUACUAGAGUUGAGUGACUCUUCUUUUGAUGCCUCCCUCCUUCUCUAUGUAAUCCAUGAGGUUGAUAGCAGAAUUGUGAAUUUUUAUCUAUUGGGAAGGGUUGAACAAGCUAGAAUUUUUCUCUCUGUAGGAAAAAAAAGUUAAGAAGUGAUAUCUAUAAUUGCCACGAGGUUUGCUAAGGGAGACGUAGAGAAGAUGGGAAGAGCAAAACUAGGGAGUAAUACUUGUCCCAAGUGUUGAGACUGUUGAGCUUGCAGACACAUGGUGAUUUUGAGGGCAGUAUUUUAAGUACCUAAGAGAGCAAAUGAGACAGAAAGAGCAGCCAAGGUGGGAGAAAGCUGCUGUGAUCAGGAACUCACCAAACAAGGAAGUGGAGCCCCCCAUCCUGUGACAUUUGUGUGCUUGUGAUGUUACUGACUCAUCUUGAUAGGGCCACACUGAGGGCUCCUUGAUCAGAUCGAUCAGGAUUAAAUACUUUCCUCACUGCAGCCCUGUCAGAUUGUCUGUGAGGAGCUAUAGACACGACUGGUUGAAUCAUUCUGUGGCUGAACACUUCUGUAAUUGGACAUCCCUCGACAGCAACAAAAUGGAAAAGCUUUUCUUCUUUUAAAUUAGUAUGUGGCCUUAGACAGUUUCCUUUCUGACUCACAACAAAAGCACUUUGAGAUUUUCCAUCUGCCAUCUCGUCAGAAACCAACAGCGUUUUUACUUUAACUGCCUUUGCGCCAGCAAAUUACUGUUGGUCCUGCCUUGUGAAAGAAGCUAGCAGUGUUGGUGGAGAGACAGAGAGAAUGGAUGACAGAAUAUCUCUCACUGUCUCACAUAUGACAAAUAUCUUGAUACUGAAGCAGGUGUGAACUGUGGAUAGUUAGCCUUUCAAAGGUUUCUCAUUUGAAAGCUUUUUAUGGGUGAAAUUUAACAGUCCCUGAUUUUGUGCAUGGCUGCUGGCCUUUUGUUUUUGCCCUGUAAGUGACAAACAUGGGACUGUAUUUUGGCCUUGAUGAUUUUCGUGAUUGUGAGCAAAACAAUUUUUUUUUUAACAAUGUGGAUGUAGUCUCAGACAAGAACACAAAAGGAGCAGUUUAUCAAAAGAUUUAUUUUUCAAAACUAUGACUGUUAUAUGUUGGUCUGUAACUUCAGAAGGGAUUGGUGUACUCCAUCAUGGAACCACAUAAAGAAAUUCGCUGAGUGACAAACCCUUCAUUCUAAGACUCUGAAACGUCCUAUACCAGACGCAUUUCAAUUCUGAUGCACCCUCAGUAUUCCCCCAUUAGACAGUGCUCAAUGGUUACUAUCCUUAAAAUUAUUAUCCCUUUGUGAAAAACAGUGAUCAAUUUUUGGAAGUAACACAGGUGAAUUGGAAGGUCAAAGUAUACACCAUUUCAUUUAUAUUUUGUGGGAUUUUUGUUUUAAGCAUUUCCUGGAGAAAGUAUUGGAUUCACAAGCAGCGAGUGUCCUUGAUCAGUGAUUUUAAAGCAGGGUGUUGGGAAAAUCUUCAGCUAAACUGUUUUAUUUCCUUCUGCUCCCACCAAACCACCCCCCCCCCCCCCCCGCCAACACACACACACACACACACUUACAUUUCAUAAGCCUAACAAUAAUAAUCUUAAUUAACGUCUGGUAUAUACCUGACAUGUAUAAUUUAAAUUCCUGUACAAAAUGUUCCAAGUCAACAUUUUUUUAAAUCCCACUGUUUUGCUGUAAUUCUGUUAAUGAUAUGUGUGUAAAUUGUCCAAGAUAUAAAAUAUUGAAGAUUAA